AUGGAAAAAUUGGCGUUCGCCUUGGUAAUAUCAUCGAGAAAGUUGCGACCUUAUUUUCAGGCUCACAGUAUUACAGUUUUAACGAACUACCCUUUGAGGCAAGUCUUAGCAAAACCGGAGACGUCGGGGAGAUUGUUGAAAUGGUCAGUAGAGUUAAGCCAAUUCGACAUCAGGUAUAAACCGAGGACUGCGAUCAAGGGGCAAGCCUUGGCAGAUUUUAUCCUCGAGUUCCCAAGCACCAAAGUGGCACUCAUCUACGACAAGGUUGACACUUCUGUACCCAAUGGAGAAGGAUGGACGUUGUACAUCGAUGGGGCUUCGUAUAGCGAAGGAUUGAAACUCGCUCUUGAGAUGAGAAUCGAGUAUUUACAGGCUUUCAGCGAUUCCCAAAUCGUCGUAUGCCAGGUGAAUGGAGAAUAUCUGGCCAGAGGCGGGAGAUUGGUUAAGUAUCUAGCCAUAGUAUGCGAACUGAUGCAAAAAUUCAAGAAAGUAGUCGUGUCUCGAGUACCGCGUGCUCAUAAUUCACACACAAACGCAUUGGCUCGUUUGGCCUCGACUAGAGAAGCCGAAUUACUUGAUGUAAUUCCAGUGGAUGUAUUGGCACACCCAACAAUAAAUCAAGAGGCGAUCAUGGAAAUAGAUACCGCCCAAGAAGUCACCUGGAUGACUCCAAUAGUCGCAUAUCUAGAAAAAGGUAUCUUACCUGAUGACAAGAUGGAAGCAAGGAAGCUGAGGCAGCGAGCUGCCCGAUAUGUCAUAUAUGAUGGAAGGUUAUAUCGCAGAAGCUUUAGUCAGCCGUUACUUAAGUGUAUCGACGGAGAAGACUGCGACUAUAUACUACGUGAGGUGCAUGGGGGAAUUUGUGGCAAUCAUACAGGAGGUAAUUCCCUUGCCCUAAAAAUCAUGCGACAGGGAUAUAACUGGCCUACCCUGCGACAAGAUGCUUUCACUUUCGCAAAGAAAUGCGACAAAUGUCAGCGAAUAGCCACUUAUGUCCAUCAACCUCCGAGCAACUUGCAUUCCAUCACAAGUCCUUGGCCCUUUGCGGUGUGGGGUAUCGACUUGAUAGGCGAGCUACCUAAAGGAAAAGGCGGAGUGAAGUAUGUUGUAGUCGCAGUCGACUAUUUUACAAAGUGGGCUGAAGCCAAAGCACUCGCAACCAUUACAGCGAUUAAGUUGCGCGAGUUUGUCUACAACUCCAUAAUCUUUCGAUUCGGCGUCCCUUACAAGCUCAUUUCAGAUAAUGGAAAGCAGUUUGAUUGUAAGGAGAUGCGACAAUUAUGCGACAACUUGGGCAUUAAGAAAGCAUUCUCUGUAGUUGCUUAUCCGCAAAGCAAUCGAGAAACUGAAGCAGUCAAUAAAAUAAUAAAGCACACCAUCAAAGGAAAACUCGAAGAGCGUAAGAGGGUAUGGCCAGACGAGCUUUCGCAAGUUUUAUGGUCAUAUAACACGACCCCCCAAUCCACGACUGGCGAAACUCCUUUCUCGCUCUCUUAUGCAUGUGAGGCCAUGGUACCAGUCGAGAUUGGGCCAGGUUCCUUACGCAGAGACGUUUUCAAAAUUGCACAAAACGAAAAAAAACAGUCGCUCUACCUCGACCUUCUGAAAGAAAAGCGCGAUCAGGCUCACCUGAAAAAAACAGGACUUACCAGCGACGAACCGCAAGAUAUUUCAAUUCCAAGGUCAAGACAAGAGUCCUGCGAGUAG